UUCCAGCGCCAGCACUAGUCGCUCCGUAUCAGGCAUGGCGAGUAGUGUCGGUAGUUUCAGACGCCAGCAAAUUCGAGUCACUCUUCGAAAGAGCACUACAGUGAAAAAGCCUCUGGGUCGUCGUCACCUAGUUGUGAGAGAUCCCAGACGACGUGUGUGUGUACAUGUUUGCCUCUGCUCUCUGUGUGGCAUAGUGAGAGAUUCCUGAAGAAAGUGAACGCUAUUUCUUCUUCAUCGUGAAUUAAAUUGAGUAAAGGGUUUGCAACUCGAGUUUCACGUGAUUUGACCGUUAGUGUACUCAAUCCGGCGAUAGUUUCUUGGAACUAUCCGAGCUUAAACGAGAGGGGGAAAAACGACGGCCAUAGUUUCUCUUUUAGUACUACUGCUGCUUUAAGCAGAAACACAGUGUAAGCGUCGGCGUUGUGUGAAACUUUCGAUCUUCGGUUUUCAUAGUUUCUUCACAUGGACAUUCACCAUUCAUUUACGCUGCUUAAAGUCGGCUGUCUAAGCAAUGCCCUUCAGCUGGAUUGAGAAUGAAACGCAACGAAGAUUCCGUACACAUUUCGCCCUCCGCCGUUGAGUCUGUAGCACGACCAUUGAGUGGAUCAAUCCAGUCCGGCCGCGUAUCCCCUACGUCACCUAUGGUGAAUGCAAUACUAGUUGGAGACUUGAGGAACGCUGCAAAUCAGUUACAGGAGCCCUCCAUAGCAGCAAGUAUGGCCUCUUUUAGUACAAGUGGGUUUGUGCCAGCUGCGAAUGGUAGCACCACAGUUACAAUUGGUCCUAUUGGCACCAGCCCACCAGUGCCAUUCUCUACUACUAUUCAAACAACGAAAGCCUCCACUGCUGGUGGAGCAACACAAGUUGUGGCUCAGCAACAACACAUCUUCCAUCAGUCCCUGGCACAUCAACAAGCACGUCACAGUUUGGCUACUGCUGCUGCCCCAGCUGGAUCUCCUCCGACAGGUCAAUCAACAUCUCAGCAGACACAACAGCAGCAACAAAACACAAUGCAACAGGCUUUUCAGCAAAUGACUGCUGGUCCUCAUGGCCCAGGUGCCCAGCAAUUUCAGCGAUUGAAGGUGGAAGAUGCCCUUUCAUAUUUGGAUCAGGUCAAAUACAAGUUUGGCAAUCAACCUCAGGUUUAUAAUGAUUUCCUUGAUAUUAUGAAGGAAUUUAAAUCUCAAAGUAUCGACACACCCGGUGUCAUUGCUCGUGUUUCUUCUUUAUUCCGCGGCCAUCCGGAGCUCAUUGUGGGAUUCAACACUUUUUUACCUCCUGGAUACAAGAUAGAAGUUCAAGCUGAGCAGGUUUCUGUUAGUGUUCCUGGUAGUCUUGGUGUCCCUGCUCACAUCCACCACAUCACACAUGGCCCAGUACCAAUAACUACCACUACUACUCAGCAACUUGAUGUGGUUGCUCGAAGCACGCCCCCGAUUCAGCAAGUUAGCAUUACUACCGUUCCGCAAUUAACUGUUGCUGCACCAAUCCAGCAGAUUCCAGCAGUGGCGAUCCCGGUCAAAGAAGUUGCACCCACACUAAAAGCUACAGGGAAUUCUCCUAUAUCGAAUGCUGGUUCAAUUUCAACUGCAGCCACUACAUACAGUUUGGGCUCUCAACAGAAAGAAUCAUCUUCCAGUCCUCAACUAGGUUCUGCCGCGCAUGGAUAUGCAAACAGUUCAUCACAGGGUGCAGCCGCUGUAGUCAAUGCAGCAUUUGGUGUUCCAAAUGCGUCGCAGCCAGUUGAAUUUAAUCACGCCAUUAAUUACGUCAACAAGAUAAAGAACCGCUUCCAGGGUCAACCGGAUAUCUACAAACAGUUUCUUGAGAUACUACACACGUACCAAAAGGAACAGCGCUCGCUGAAAGAGGGUCUCGUCAGCCCACUAAACUAUCGACCUACAUUGACUGAAGCUGAAGUCUAUGCUAAAGUUGCUCAACUCUUUCAAAAUCAAGAAGACCUUUUACAGGAAUUUGGCCAAUUUCUACCUGAUGCUACAAAUGUUACUCGUGGCGGUAGUUGCGGUGGUGGUUUGGUGCCGGUCACACUGCCAGCCAUUCCAACGGGGCAUACAAAGAAGCCAAGUCCUGUCACCGAGACAUCUAAGCCUCCAGUGCUUGCAAGUACUAACUUAACCGGAUCAUCAGUUGCACCACCGCCGAAAGCUCCACUUAAACGUCCUGCACCUCCGCCUAUCAUAUCGUCCCCGACGGUCGGUAUGAAUUUGAUUCCGAAAAAGAAGCCUCGACUAGAUCCUGGUAGCGGCAAAGAUAACUCGAUUGCCGAAAUAGGAAAGUUUGGCACAAUGAACGAAUUGGCUUUUUUCGACAAAGUAAGGCGCGUCGCUUGCCGAUCACGCGAUGUGUACGAAAACUUUCUUCGUUGCUUGGUCAUGUACAAUCAGGAAAUAAUCAGCAAAAUGGAAUUACUUCAAAUCACAACCCCCUUUCUAAGUCGCCAUCCUGAUCUGCUCAAAUGGUUCAAAGAUUUCCUCGGACUCAAAGAAGGAACUGGCGUUGGAGGUUACUUCACUCAUGUUGAAGCUCAGCCUAUAAGUUUGAUACGUUCGCGAAUGGAGCGAGAAAUGUAUCCUUCAACCAAGGAUGGAAAAGAGUCACGGGACCACGACAUGCAAGCAAUGGAGAUUGACUACUCGACGUGCAAACGUCUCGGUACAUCUUACUGCGCUCUACCGAAAAGCUACGAACCUCCAAAGUGCUCCGGACGAACGCCGCUUUGCAAAGAGGUGCUGAAUGAGACCUGGGUCAGCUUUCCCACUUGGUCAAGCGAGGAUUCGACUUUUGUUAGCUCUCGCAAAACGCAAUACGAAGAAUACAUUUACCGGACAGAAGAUGAACGCUACGAGCUGGAUAUUGUGCUAGAGACGCACAUGAGCACGAUACGUGUGCUAGAAGGCGUUCUGAAGAAGCUUAAUCACCGAAUGAAUGCCGAAGAAGCCAAUCGGUUCAAAUUGGACGAUUGUCUUGGUGGAUCUUCUCCUACCAUCCACAUCCGGGCCAUUCGACGUAUUUAUGGCGACAAAGCGACCGAGAUUAUAGAAGGGUUGAAACGAAGUCCUCAAGUGGCCAUCCCCGUGGUGCUCCGUCGCAUGAAGGCAAAAGAAGAAGAGUGGCGUGAAGCUCAGAAAGGUUUCAACAAAAUAUGGCGUGACCAGAAUGAAAAGUAUUAUCUCAAGAGCCUCGACCAUCUAGGAACUAAUUUCAAGCAAAAUGACGUGAAAGCGCUUCGCUCUAAGGCGCUUAUCAACGAAAUAGAGACACUAUUUGAAGAACGUAAUGAAGAAAACGCCAACAAGACUGAUAUGGGCCGUUCAACUAAUGCGAGCAGUGGGCCUCAUCUUAAAUUAGUUUACAAGUCACGCCAGAAGGUGCUGGAUGACGCAGCUGAUCUCCUCAUUCAUCACGCAAAACGCCAAACUGGCAUUACUAAAGAGGAUAAACGACGCAUCAAAACAUUAUUGAGGCAUACGGUGCCCGAUCUCUUCCGUCACCCUCGUCAGGAACUUAGUGAAGACGAGAGAGAAAAUGAUGACGACGACGAUGUCGAAGACAAGGAUGAGCAAGACACAAGUUCAAAGAGGGAAAAAAGGAAGAGUAGCAAAAUGACUAAUGGCGGACGUGGUAAUACGAAGGCACCGACAUUGGAAGCAUUAGCCACUUUGGAUGACGACGAAUAUACACUAUUCCUUGCCAACAGUCAUUGGUAUGUCUUCCUUCGAUUGCAUCACAUAUUAUGUGAACGGCUCACCAAAAUAGGAGAUAGGGCUGCCAUUCUACUCCAAGAGGAAAAGGAAGAAGUAGCCAAGUCUCGUUCGCGCUCCAAUGGUCGUCACAAGGAGAAUGACAGCGUAGCUGUGGCUUUACGACUCAAACCGAAAGCAGAAGUGGAAAUCGACCAGUACUACUCGCACUUCCUUUCGAUGGUAAAGAAUUUGUUGGAUGGUAACAUCGAAGCGCUACAAUUUGAAGAUUCACUCCGUGAAAUGUUUGGUAUCCACGCUUACUCUGCGUUCACUCUUGAUAAAGUCAUCGCCAAUGCCGUCCGUCAACUCGGUCAUUUGGUCACUGAUCAAACGUGCCUGCAGUGCACCGAAAUAUUUCUCGAGGAACAUGGGCUGAAGGGUUCUUCGAAAGGCAUGUUGACCGAAGAUGGAUGCAAUGACGAAGGAAAACAAUCUGCAUCUGAAAUGUCUUACCAGCGAAGAAUGGAACAGUUACUAGCUGACGAAAACCUCUUCAGAAUUGUUUUAUGGCAUAAGAACGAAGAGACAACUAUCGCAAUUGAAAUGCUGGACACGGAUACACACUCCAGCUGUUCAGGAGACAAUCCCCCUUUGCAAGAUGUGCGUAACUGGUCAAAUUACGUUGAGGGCUAUGUUUCAGAUCGAAUGGAUCAAGUUAUGUCGGAGAAAACCAGACGAAAAAACACGGAUCCGUCGUUGAUCGCGGCCCAUUCCCGCGUUAGAAAACCAGUCUUCCUGCAAAGAAAUCUGAAGCAAUGGGAACGACGUCGUCGGAAAGAUGGCACCGCUAAGGCAUCGCGUUCCAAGACUUCCGAUGUUCCCAUGGAUGUGGACGACACCACACAGAAGGACGUUACAGCAAGUGAGGAUGCCCAUUGUGUUUUUAACGUCAAUUCGUAUCAAAUGGUUUUUGUGGCUAAUAGCGAGAGCGUCCUGUACAAAAGGCAUGCAUUCACUCGAGCCAAACAGUGCCACAAAGCGGUAACGCUGCGAAUGAGGAAACAAUUCUUAGCUUGGCGUGAACGUUGGUCGGCAGCUCACGUGACUCCUGAAGCCGAAAAGGCAACGGCAAAUUGGCUUUUAGGCAAAGGCGACCAUCUGGAACUCAAGGCAGACAGCAGAACUGUCAAACUUGUAAAUCAUGUCGACAAGCGUGCGCCUUUUGGGACGCUGAUUAAAUAUCGUGUCGAUUACGACAAGAGUUGAGUGAGUGUCUAAAAGAAAACCCUCUCUCACUUGCAAAAUUGAAAUCGAAUCAAUCAUCUUUUGAUGCCAUUUGAUUGAAUUUAUCGCUCUGCCUAUUUUUAAACAAUAAUAGAUAAAGGAGAACUGUUAUACUCUCUUGUCCAACACUGCAAACUCGUUGUUUCUUAACCCCUUUUCUUUUGCUAUUGGGUUCAGUGCCCAUAUUUUCUCCCAAAUGUGUGUGUAUGAUUUUUUAAAGAAUUGUAAGUGGACAGUGUGAACGAAAAAAAAACAAACAAACAAGACAAUAAAGAUCUUAUGUCCCUGA